GGACUUUUAUCCAACCGGAAGCUGCAGAUUCGUUGUUUGCCAUUUUCUUGUUAUGAUUGUCGCUGAGGAUCAGUAAUGAAUGUCUAACGCGAGACUUCAACUUCACUGACAGAUCCUUGAGAUUGAAUAAACUAUUAUUAUAUAUUAUUAUGAGUGUCUUUUAAAGAUCUGAUGAUGGCGGAAGAUCUUCAGAAAUCAAACUUUAAUGGACUCACUAAAACAACUAAAAGCGGAUCGUCUAAGAAAUUGAUUAUUAAAAACUUUAAAGACAGGCCGAAGUUGACAGACAGCUACACUGAAGACACGUGGCUGAAGCUUCGAGAUGCUGUUGGUGCCAUUCAGAGCAGCACAUCCAUCAAAUAUAACCUUGAGGAACUUUAUCAGGCUGUGGAGAAUCUGUGUUCAUAUAAAGUCUCACCCAUCUUAUACAAACAGUUACGUCAAGUUUGUGAAGAGCACGUUCAAGCUCAGAUCCAUCAGUUCAGAGAAGAGUCUCUGGAUAACCUCUCGUUCCUGAAGAAGAUGAACCGAUGCUGGCAAGACCACUGCAGACAGACGAUCAUGAUUCGCAGUAUUUUCCUGUUUUUGGAUCGGACGUAUGUGCUUCAGAACGCACUUCUUCCCUCCAUCUGGGAUACGGGGCUGGAGUUGUUCCGGACACACGUCGUGAGUGACGGCUGCGUUCAGAGUCGCACGGUGGACGGCAUCCUGGAGCAGAUUGAACGCGAGCGCAACGGAGAGACGGUGGACAGGAGUCUGCUGCGGAGCUUACUGGGCAUGCUCUCUGACCUGCAGGUGUAUACGGAGUCUUUUGAGCAUCGUUUUCUAACCGAGACGGAGCGUCUGUACGCCGCUGAGGGUCAAACGCUCAUGCAGGAGAGAGAGGUUUCAGAGUAUCUGCAUCAUGUGGCACGACGACUGGAGGAAGAGAAUGAUCGUGUCAUCAGUUACUUAGAUCACAGCACACAGAAACCUCUCAUCUCUACUGUGGAGAAACAACUGUUGGGUGAACACAUGAACACCAUCCUACAGAAAGGUCUCAAAACACUGUUGGAUGAGAACCGUGUGACAGAAUUGACUCUGUUGUAUCAGCUCUUCAGUAAAGUAAAGGGAGGUCUCAGCGUUCUGUUGCAGUUCUGGAGAGACUACAUAAAGAACUUUGGUGGAGAGAUUGUGAGUUCUCCAGAGAAAGAUAAAGAGAUGGUUCAAGAUCUUCUGGACUUUAAAGAUAAGAUGGACAAUGUGACGCAGUGUUGCUUCCAGAGGAACGACACCUUCAUCAAUGCUAUGAAAGAAGCCUUCGAAAGCUUCAUUAACAAGAGACCCAACAAACCAGCUGAGCUCAUUGCUAAGUAUGUUGACUCUAAACUCCGUGCUGGAAACAAAGAAGCCACAGAAGAAGAGCUGGAGAGAAUCCUGGACAAAAUUAUGAUCAUAUUCCGCUUUAUUCAUGGUAAAGAUGUGUUUGAGGCUUUCUAUAAGAAAGAUUUGGCCAAACGUCUGCUGGUUGGGAAAAGCGCCUCAGUGGAUGCUGAGAAGUCCAUGCUGUCCAAACUCAAACACGAGUGUGGAGCAGCGUUCACCAGUAAACUUGAAGGCAUGUUUAAAGACAUGGAGCUCUCCAAAGACGUCAUGAUCCAGUUUAAACAGUACAUUCAGAACCAGACUGAUUCCAGCAGCAUCGAGCUGACCGUCAACAUUCUGACCAUGGGUCACUGGCCCACAUACACACCAAUGGACGUCCAUCUGCCCACAGAGAUGCUGAAGCUUCAGGAAGUGUUUAAGAUCUUCUAUCUGGGGAAACACAGUGGGCGUAAACUACAGUGGCAGCCCACACUGGGUCAUGCGGUGCUAAAGACUGAGUUUAAAGAGGGUAAGAAGGAGCUUCAGGUGUCUCUCCUGCAGACUCUUGUCCUGCUGAUGUUUAAUGAGACGGAUGAAGUGACAGUGGAGGAGAUGCAGACAGCCACAGGCAUCGAGGACACUGAGCUGAAACGCACACUUCAGUCUCUGGCCUGUGGGAAAGCUCGCGUUCUUAAUAAAACUCCUCGUGGGAAAGACGUAGAGGACGGAGAUCGCUUCAGCUUCAACAGCGACUUCAGACACAAACUCUUCCGCAUCAAAAUCAAUCAGAUUCAGAUGAAGGAAACGGUUGAGGAACAGGUCAGCACCACCGAGCGAGUGUUUCAGGACCGUCAGUAUCAGAUCGAUGCUGCUGUGGUCCGGAUCAUGAAGAUGAGAAAGACCUUGAGCCACAAUCUCCUCGUGUCUGAACUCUACAACCAGCUGAAGUUCCCUGUGAAGCCUGCAGAUCUGAAGAAGCGUGUGGAGUCUCUCAUCGAUCGGGAUUAUAUGGAGCGGGAUAAAGAAAACCCCAACCAGUAUCACUAUGUGGCUUAACAUCAAGAUUGUGUCCCAGAUGCCGGUGUGAUCCGGAGCUCCGUUGUGAUUCUGGACGUUUGCUUUAUAUCCUCAUGAUGAUGAUGAUGAGCAGAAGACUUUAAGCUCUCAGUUUUCUAAAGUGACUCCGGCAUACAGACACAGUUACAUUGUGAAUGAUUUUCACUAAAGAUGCACUUUUUCUUUUCUUUUAGUUUAGUUUAGUUGAGUUUGUGUGAUCAGUUGUGUCUUGUUAUGGGUCAUUUUGAGUUUUAUGUCCCAUAAGUUAAUGUGACUUUUGUGACCAGCUGCACCCAUGCUGCACAGCUCAUCAGUCACACAAUCAGACAGCCCAAAUCUUACACACACACACACACACACACACACAAACACACUGAGACACACACACACACACACACACACACACACACAGUCAGCUAGUGUGAGUCAUUAUAGCCAUAUAAGACAUGAUGAUGGGACAGAAAUGAUUCGUUGUGUGAGUUUGUUUGUCAGUCAUUAUCUGUCUUUUGAUUGACAGCUGUCACUUACAAUGUUUUGUAGAGAAGAGAUUCUAUUCUUUGUAAGCGAGUAAAGGCAUAAAAAGGAAAUUAAAGUAUAUUUAAUUAA